UGUUGGGUGUCACUUUCUCUGUCUGUAAAGCAGUUAUUUGCCAUCACAUUUCCCAAAGAUGAUUAUUUAGAAAUGUUGUCUGGAGUAUUAAAAAAAUCACAAGAGUAUUUAAUAAAGAACUAUAGAACUUUGGUUAAUACUGCUUGUGGUAUUAAAGAGACUAUGCAUAGUUUAUUCAAAGCUUUUGUUCUAUACACAAACAAAAAAAAUAUUAAUCUUGUUCUUUUAAGACAUUACAACACACUUCAAGCAUUGCAGUUUUGGCUUGAUGGCAGGCAAGAUGAACAUGUUCCAGACUCAGAUUAUUCAAAUUAUUCUUUGCUAAAACUAUUACUUUUGGAAGAGUACAUUACAAAACUAUCCAAUCUAAUUAAUGAUGUAGAAUCUGAAGGCAAUGAAACAAAUAGUAAUUUAUAUCUUCUUAUUUUACAAAUAACUUUUGUUAUAUAG